AUGAGCACCGCCAAUGUUGCCAAGCCGAUGCUAAAGGGGACGGGGACGUCUUCGGCCGCCAUGACGGAUCCGAAUGACGUGUACACGGCCUCGUCGGCCUUUUUUGAGGCCAUCUGGGAAGCUGGCAUCACUCACUGCUUCGUGAAUCUGGGCUCGGAUCACCCCAGCCUCAUAGAGGCCAUGGUUAAAGGGCAGAGGGAUGCCGAGGGCAAGUUUCCCCGGAUUAUAACGUGUCCGCAUGAGAUGGUGGCCAUGUCCAUGGCAGACGGCUACGCUCGACUCACCGGCAAGCCGCAGUGUGUCAUUGUCCACGUCGACGUCGGGACGCAGGGGCUCGGGGCGGCCGUCCACAACGCAUCUACGGGCCGCGCCCCCGUGUUUGUUUUCGCCGGCCUGUCCCCUCUGACCGUCGACGGCGAGCACAGGGGCAGCCGGACCGAGUACAUCCACUGGAUGCAGGACGUGCCGGACCAGAAGCAGAUCCUGGGGCAGUACUGCCGAUAUGCCGGCGAGGUCAAAACCGGCGCCAACAUCAAGCAAAUGGUCAACCGGGCGCUGCAGUUUGCAAGGUCCGCCCCCCAGGGCUCCGUAUACCUAUGCGGCGCUCGUGAGAUCAUGGAGAUGGACAUUAGGCCGUACCGCCUUAAGCAGGAGAACUGGGAGCCGAUCCAACUCGGGGGUCUUCCCGAGAGCGGCGUCGGCAAGAUUGCCCGUGCGCUCGCCGGCGCCGAGAGGCCGCUCGUGGUCACUGGGUACUCGGGGAGGAACCACGCGUUCCCUGCCUCGCUUGUCGAGCUUGCCGAUGCGGUUCCCGGGCUGCAAGUCUUGGACACUGGUGGUAGCGACAUGUGCUUCCCGGCUGAUCAUCCGGCCUGGCUGGGGCUGCGAUACGGGGUCAGCGAGGCGGUGUCGCGGGCCGAUGUUAUAGUCGUUGUGGACUGCGACGUGCCGUGGAUCCCUACGACGUGCAGGCCCAAGGACGAUGCCGUGGUAUUUCAUGUAGAUGUUGAUCCGUUGAAACAGCUCAUGCCUGUGUUUUACCUCGAGGCCAGGGAACGCUACAGGGCCGAUGCUAGGACCGCAAUUGACCAGAUCACGACGGCUCUCAAGACGGGCGACGCUGCUGCAAAACUCGAAUCAAUGGACAGAAGCGGAGCGGCCAAAAGGGUGCAGGACGAGUACAAGAAACUGCUGGCGAGUAUCGAAGACAAGGCGAGGCCGAACCCAGACGGGGGCUUUGGCACAGGUCACUUGUGUCGUACGCUCAAGUCUCUGUGCCCGGAGGACACCAUCUACGCCGUCGAGGCCGUGACAAAUACAUACUUUGUCCACGACAACAUCCGGCCCACGACGCCGGGCUCCUGGAUUAAUUGUGGCGGAGGCGGACUCGGUUGGUCUGGCGGCGCUGCGCUGGGCAUCAAGCUGGCCGCCGAGGCAGAGAAGCCGGGCAAGGGCGCGUUUGUGGUGCAGAUAGUCGGCGAUGGGUCGUAUCUGUUUAGCGUUCCAGCGACUGUCUACUGGAUUUCGAAGCGCUACGGCAUCCCGGUUCUUACGAUUGUGUUGAACAACAAUGGCUGGCAAGCGCCCCGAAGGUCCCUGUUGCAGGUACAUCCUGAUGGUCUUGGCUCCAGGGUUUCGAAUGAAGAGAUGAAUAUCUCUUUCCGCCCCGUGCCUGAUUACUCGGGCAUCGCCAAGGCGGCGGCAGACGGUGAUAUUCAUGCCGCGCGGGUUUCGCAAGCAUCUGAGCUGGAGGGCUCGCUGAGAGAGGCAAUUGACAAGGUCAAGGGUGGCCAGACGGCAGUACUGGACUGCAAGGUCGUCACGGGAUGCUGA